GCGCCCUUGCGAAGUGGAUAAGGAGACCCCGAAGGGGGACAGUUCCUUCUUUUCCCGGGCAGCGUCGGCAAUGGCGGACGGGCAGGUCCUAGUGAUCGACGGGCGGGGCCAUCUUCUUGGCCGCUUGGCGGCCAUCGUGGCCAAGCAAGUCCUUUUGGGGCGGAAGGUGGUCGUGGUUCGCUGCGAAGGCAUCAACAUCUCGGGAAACUUCUACAGGAACAAGCUGAAAUACCUGGCCUUCCUCCGAAAGCGAAUGAACACAAAUCCUUCAAGAGGCCCUUAUCACUUCAGAGCCCCCAGCCGAAUUUUCUGGAGGACUGUGAGAGGGAUGCUUCCCCACAAGACCAAGCGAGGUCAGGCUGCUUUGGAACGCCUUAAGGUGUUUGAUGGCAUUCCCCCACCAUACGACAAGCGAAAACGCAUGGUUGUCCCAGCUGCUCUCAAAGUCGUCAGACUGAAGCCAACUAGAAAGUUUGCUUAUCUGGGGCGCCUGGCCCAUGAGGUUGGCUGGAAGUAUCAGGCAGUGACUGCUACAUUGGAAGAGAAGAGGAAGGAGAAAGCCAAGAUCCAUUAUAGAAAGAAAAAGAAGCUUACGAAACUACGAAAGCAAGCUGAGAAGAACGUGGAAGGCAAAAUCCACAAAUACACAAAGGUGCUGAAGAAGCACGGGCUGCUGGUGUGAGUCCAAUAAAGUCUAUCCUCUACGGCAACUGGA